UUCAUGGUGUGUAUCUCCUGUGAAAGGUGUGUUUCCAUGUUUACUCCUCUUCUGUCUGACAUAAUCACAUUAUCCUGUCCUUAAUAACCUUCUAAUCAUCUCUAUCUGUUAUUGCAGGUAUCUGGUUGUUGCCAUGCCACUGUGGUACAGAUUCAGGAGAAACAUCAAGACAUAUGUGGUGGUCUGCAUUGUGGUCUGGUUACUUCCUCUUUUUUAUCCAUUACUUGCCUAUGUGAUUAAGGAGUAUGAGAUGGCUGCCCACUUCUUCAUAGUUUUUCUCCUCCUGCCUUUUCCCUUGUUCAUCUUCUUCCUGGUUGGGACUAUCAAAGCUCUCUCUGGAGCGGUCAGUGUCCCAGCAGAUGAAAAACGACGACUCGCAGCCAUUCAGGUUGUGGUGCUGAUUAUUUAUACUCUGCUUUAUCUGCCCAUCAUCCUUUUGCUCCUGUAUGACAUUAAAGCAUUGGAAGGGGAAUUGUCCUGUAUUCCCUAUGCUGUGGGUUAUGCUGCUGGUGCUCUUAGUCCUCUUGCUGACACAACUUUGUAUUUGUUCUUUCGGAAAAGCAUCCUGGAUACGUUUCUGGCUUCCCUGAGUUGUUGUAAAAUAUCUAGCAAUUAGGAGACGAUCAGCACAGAUAUCUAAAAGUUGCAGGUCACCGGCCCUUCAGAACUGGAGUUUGUCACCCUGGCUUACAUAGAGGCUAACAAAGAGG